UCGAUUAGCGACGGGUUGCGUUGCGGCGUUCUCGCUAAAUCUUACUCUUUUGUAUUUGCUGAAUAAUGAAAAUCAGUAAAACAGGGUAGUAACGGAGGGCUUCAGUGAAAUCAUUGUGUGUGAAAACGUAUCUAAUAUAAUAUUCGAAUAUUCGGUGCACUAUAACUGUGUCGUUUUUAAAAGAAAUCUCUGCUACGGUAGCUGACCCGGUACCACUCGAAACGUGAUUUUCACCGGCUUACUGUUUUCUUCGAUUUCUUUUUUAUUCUAUAUGUGAUUGUUUAUACUGCAGUGUAAAUUGUAUUUAUUGCUUGUAGUGGAGUAGCGGUGCAAUAUAUCGUGGAAGUUUUUAGAGAGGCAUUGCCUAAAUAAUAAUUUAUCGGAAAUGACACGUGUGUAAAUAAGCAGUGAUCGAAUUUCAAUAUAUUCCGUCUACGAUAAGAAGCACACGAAAAUUACUGUGAUUUUUCCUCAAGAUUUUUACGUAAGAUUGCUGACAAAUAAGAAGAUGGAGCCGUGUCCACUGACGCAUAAUUUAAUAUAAUAUCGGUCACAAAAAAUGGAGUGCUCAUUAUGACAAUAAAAUGCGAAAAUAAAUUAAAAAAGUGCUCUGCAACUUCAUAAUGAGCUCUCGUCACGCCCUUUACACCGUUGAGGUGGGUGACACAAAAUUUACAAUUCUAACCAGAUAUCAGAAUCUUAAGCCAAUCGGUUCAGGUGCUCAGGGAAUCGUAUGCGCUGCAUAUGACACAGUGACCGAGCAAAAUGUCGCAAUAAAAAAAUUAUCAAGGCCAUUCCAAAAUGUAACGCAUGCAAAACGCGCUUAUAGGGAAUUCAAAUUAAUGAAAUUAGUCAAUCACAAAAAUAUAAUUGGUUUAUUAAAUGCAUUUACACCGCAGCGCACAUUAGAAGAAUUUCAAGAUGUCUACCUUGUUAUGGAGCUUAUGGACGCCAAUUUAUGCCAGGUCAUACAAAUGGACUUGGAUCAUGACAGAAUGUCAUAUCUUCUCUAUCAAAUGUUGUGCGGGAUAAAACAUUUACAUUCAGCUGGAAUAAUACAUAGAGAUCUGAAGCCAUCCAAUAUAGUUGUAAAAGCAGAUUGUACUUUAAAAAUUCUUGAUUUCGGUCUCGCACGAACCGCCGGUACAACAUUCAUGAUGACACCAUACGUAGUCACAAGGUAUUAUCGAGCUCCUGAAGUAAUAUUGGGUAUGGGUUACACGGAAAAUGUGGAUAUAUGGUCUGUUGGAUGCAUAAUGGGUGAGAUGAUACGUGGUGGUGUUUUGUUUCCUGGAACUGAUCAUAUUGAUCAAUGGAAUAAGAUAAUUGAACAAUUAGGUACUCCAUCUGCAUCAUUUAUGCAACGUUUACAGCCAACUGUUAGAAAUUAUGUAGAAAAUCGGCCAAGAUAUAAUGGUUAUUCAUUUGAAAGACUAUUCCCAGAUGUCCUAUUUCCAAAUGAUCCUAGUGAACAGAGCCGACGUAAAGCAGCCGAAGCUCGUGAUUUAUUAAGUAAAAUGUUAGUUAUAGAUCCAGAAAAUCGUAUUUCGGUCGAUCAAGCUCUGCUACAUAGUUAUAUCAAUGUAUGGUACGAUGCUGAAGAAGUGAAUGCUCCUGCUCCAGAGCCAUAUGAUCAUAGCGUCGACGAACGAGAGCACACUGUUGAACAGUGGAAGGAGCUGAUUUAUCAAGAAGUCAUGGAAUACGAAAGUCGAAGUGGAAACAACAUGGAUUCGGCCGAUAGUCGGUAGAAAUAACGUUUUAUUAUCUAAGUGAAAAUGAAACAAGAAAAGUGAAAACAUACGGUUAAAUAAUUUAUUACAAAUAACAUAAAAGGCAAAGCAAAAAAUAACAUAAAUAGAGCAGAACAAAAAUCGUAUUAUGUAAAUAUUUACAAAGUAAAAAUACAUACAAUUAAAUAAGGAGAGAACAACUCAAAAGCAUUAAUAAAGAUACAGCAUAUUGACAGUUAAAUUUCUUCAAACAACAAAUUAGAAAAAAAAUACUUGAAAUAAUCAACAAAAUACAAACUAAACCACUUCACAGCAAUGGCUAUAGCUUUUGAAAACUGUCAUGAAGCGGAAGGAAGCAAGAAUAAAAGUAAAAUACCAAGUCAUAAAAUAUUUUGUAGUCAUAUUCUCUAAAUAUAACAAUUAAAUGAAAACCUAAUAAUGUAUUUUAUGUAAGUUUGCAAUCUGAGUUGUAUUCUAUUUCGUUUCGAAUUAAAACAAAUCUAAGUAUUUGUACAACUAUAUUUUAGAAGAAUUGCUAGAGCAGAUUUUAGGUUAAAAAGUGGAAAAAAUAAGAAACUUGAAGUUUUUAAAUUGAAAAGAGAUGGUUUUCGAAACAAAUCAUGUGAUUUAUUAUAAAAAUUAUUUAAAUGAAAACAAAGAAAAGGCUUUGUUUUAAAACUUCGUUAGAUUUCUUUUCCUCUAUUCAGUUUUUAUGUUGUUCUAUUUCUUUGAUCUAAUUAUUUUGAAAUUUUGAAUAAUACAACAUGUGCAAAUUUUUCGCGUUUCAUUAUAUAUACAUUAAAAACAAAAAGAAAGUUAAAUAGACUGCAUGUGCAAUAAAAAAUGUAUUUUGAGUUUUUCAUUCAGCUAUCACUGAAUAUUAUGAGUGCGUUUUGUUUGAUAUAAACAAAGCUUUUAUUGGUCUCAUGAAGGUAUCUCAGACCCAUUAUUAACAACCGCACUGCUGUUGAAAAAUAAAAACGAUUGUGAGAGAAU